AUGGAUACUGCGGCGGCACUGCUGGUGCUAUCGGCCAUCGCGGCCUACGUGAUCUGGUUCUCUUACCUCUCCCGAACCCUAAAGGGCCCUCGGGUUUGGCCCAUCCUCGGCAGCCUCCCGGGGCUCGUCCAGAACUGCCACCGUAUGCACGAUUGGAUCGCCGAGAACCUACGAGCGAGCGGCGGCACGUACCAGACCUGCAUCUUCGCCGUGCCGGGGCUCGCCCGGCGGCAGGGAAUGGUCACCGUCACCUGCGACCCCCGCAAUGUGGAGCACGUCCUCAAGCUCCGGUUCGAGAACUACCCCAAGGGACCGACUUGGCACGCGGUGUUCCACGACCUGCUCGGCGACGGGAUCUUCAACUCCGACGGCGACACAUGGCGGUUCCAGCGGAAGACGGCGGCGCUGGAGUUCACCACAAGGACGCUCCGGCAGGCCAUGGUGAGGUGGGUCUCUCGCGCCAUCAAGCUCCGGCUUUGCCCCAUCCUCGACUCGGCCCGCGUCGGCGGGCGGGCCGUGGACUUGCAGGAUCUCCUCCUACGGCUGACCUUCGACAACAUCUGCGGUCUGGCCUUCGGCAAGGACCCAGAGACGCUCUCCCCUGGGCUCCCGGAGAACGGGUUCGCCGCCGCCUUUGACCGCGCCACCGAGGCCACCCUCCACCGCUUCAUCAUCCCCGAGUUCAUGUGGCGGCUCAAGAAGUGGCUCCGCCUGGGAAUGGAGGUCACCCUCAGCCGUUCCCUCUCCCACGUCGACGACUACCUAUCCAAGGUCAUCGCAGGGAGGAAGCUCGAGCUGGCCCGCGCUGGGGGGGCCUCAUCGCACGACGACCUCCUCUCCCGGUUCAUGCGCAAGGGCGACUACUCCGACGAGUUCCUCCAGCACGUCGCCCUCAACUUCAUCCUCGCCGGAAGGGACACCUCCUCCGUCGCGCUCAGCUGGUUCUUCUACCUCCUCAUCCAGAACCCCCGCAUAGAGGAGAAGAUCCUCUGCGAGAUCUGCGGCGUCCUCGCGGAAACCCGCGGGGAAGACGAUCCUGCAAAGUGGGUCGAGGAGCCACUGGCCUUCGAGGAAGUAGACAAGCUCAUCUACCUCAAGGCGGCGCUGUCGGAGACUCUGCGGUUGUACCCGUCGGUGCCGGAGGACUCCAAGCACGUCAUGGCGGACGAUGUUCUCCCCGACGGGACCUUCGUCCCCGCGGGUUCCUCCAUCACCUACUCCAUCUACUCCACGGGGAGGAUGAAGUUCAUCUGGGGGGAGGACUGCAUGGAGUUUCGCCCGGAGAGGUGGCUGACGGCGGACGGGAAGAGGUUCGAUUCGCAGGACUCGUUUAAAUUCGUGGCCUUCAAUGCGGGGCCGAGGAUCUGCCUGGGGAAGGACCUCGCCUACCUACAGAUGAAGUCCAUCGCCGCCGCCGUGCUCCUCCGGCACCGCCUCACCGUGGCGCCGGGCCACCGCGUGGAGCAGAAGAUGUCGCUCACCUUGUUCAUGAAGCACGGGCUCAUGGUGAACCUGCACCGACGGGACCUGGCCCAGCUGGCGGAGUCCCUCAAGGUCUCCGCAAGGGGACGCGACUGCGGCGCCGCAGUAAAUGUGGCGGCCCCGGCGGUGGCCGAGGUUGGUGACGGUGGAGUUAAAGCCGCCGGCGAGGGCGCCGCCGCCCUGGCCCACAUCACUCCCUCGCGAUGA